AAAGACGCACAGAAAGCAGGCUGUCCAUAAAUAGCCCCAUUUUGCUGAUCGAUGCAUGCCUUUGAGUCCUGUUUUUAGUCUUUGUGUCAUGUAGUGGUGACCCAUUUGAGACACCUGUGCAGCUGCAGUCCAGCCUGAGAGCUCCACAUGCAGACAGCAGAUGGUUUAAGUGAUGUGCAAACAAUGUGCAUGAUCUUGCUUGAAUAAAUCAAAAGCCUGGAUCACAGCUUCUAGGUCCAUCUGAGGAGCUAUGUAAGAAAGAAGGUGCAACUUAGACCGCAGAAAGACAGCAAUAACACUAAGAUGAGGCAAUAGUAAUAGAAUAAUUGUAUUUCUUCCAAAGCCAAAGAGGAGUUCUCUUUCUGCUUCCAUUUCACUCACACUGUGACAAACACUGACCCUCCUUUUUUGGCCACCUGCACACGUGCACUAAAGGAAAAGCUGUUUUGACUUCCCUGCACAAUCACUACAGCUUUUCGCUCCUUUUUCAAUCAGCAUCUUCCAUUUUUCCAUUGCACACUUUGGAGCAGAUCUUCCAGUUGGGAUAGCAGAUCCUCAGCGUGAAGCCAAACAGGUCUAAGGGUGUGCCACGCUGUAUAAAUAGUUGAACAAAGGCCCAUUUUGGAUUGACAAGAGGCCGAAACCUGACACUGGGAGUGAUUGCACCCUUUGGAAACUCUACACGCUCGCUCAGACAGAGGCUGGACAGAAACAUAGAUUUAGAACCUGGGAGGUUGAAGAGAAGAGGCACGCUGCUGCUUCCUCUCCUGCUGGAGCUGAAAGCUUUUUAAGAAGAUCAACUAGAAGACCAACCCUCAAGUCUGUCCAGCUUUAAUAUCAGCUGGCAAUAAGGAGGAGAAGAAGACAGGAGGGAGGACCACACCCAGAGUCCCAGCAGUCUCCUCCUCUCAGUGUUAAUCCAGGACAUCUCUUGUGUAGAUCUGUCUCUUCCUCUGUUGUGAAGUGUCAGUGAGUGAGUGGGCGAGUGAGUGAGAGAGUGAGUGGGGCGUGUUGUGACGCUGUUUACGAGGCACCACCAGUCUUCUUUCUCCCGUCAGGAUGUCUGCACUGAAGGACCUGAUGAUGCUGUUACCUCUGGCCCUCCUGGCACUCCAAGCAUCUUUGUGCCAUGGAGCCUGCGUGGAGGUGGAGUCGGACACAGAAGCCGAGGUUGACAAAGGCUUCAAACUUGGCUGUAUCUACUGUAAAAUGAGGGGUGAAGUGGAAGCCGAGGCAUCUGUCGAAUGGUAUUUCAAGGCCAAAGAUGAGUCUGACUUUUCCCCUAUAUAUAGCUAUGAAUAUAAAUCAUCCUUAGUCAUUGACCCACGUUUCUCCGAUCGCCUGGACUGGAGUGGCAGCAAAGACACCAAAGACCUGCAGGACGGCUCUAUAUACAUCCGCAAUGUGACCUUCAAUGACACCGGAACUUACCAGUGCACGUUUUACCGCACCCUCAAGUACAACGGCUUUGACCAUCCAACUAACCAUACAAAGCUCAUCCUUCUGAAUGUGGUGCCAAAACUCACAAGGGGGAUGGCAUCCAUCUUGUCAGAGGUAAUGAUGUACGUCUCCAUCAUUGGGCUGCAGCUCUGGCUCGUGGUCGAGAUGAUUUACUGCUACAGAAAGAUUGCAGCAGCAGGGGAGGAGGCUCUGAGAGAGAGCGCGGCCGAGUAUUUAGCUAUAGCAUCUGAGAGUAAAGAUAAUUGUGCAGAUGUACAAGCUGCAGAAUAGCACAGACUUUUGUGGUUUUCUAAAUUUCCAACUACAGGUCAAGGAAGACUUCAGGACUGCUUCCUUGAAGAAUUUCACCUUCAUGCGCUCUCUUCUCACCGUCACUAACAGCCCACCAUCCUCUCCACAUGAGGGAAAAAAUGACUGACAGAGAGGUGGAGCAUCUUCAUAGAAUGGUUUUUAAGACUUUCUGCUGAAGGACUUAACUGUAUUACAUACAGAGGGACAGGAAGGAUGCAUCACGUCCCAAUCCACCUGAAACAUAGGGGGCAGAGAGAGUCAGUGUGUAAAUAGGUGUACAAGUAUGCACAGAUAAUCUCUGAACAUAUGUAGAGUAUAUUAUCAGCACUGUAUAUCCACCAUCUGCAUGCUAAUAAGCUUUCAAAACGACUGGCAUCAUGCUCUUGAUGUUCUGUCACAGCCAUGGUUUUUAAAGAGUUUUUAAUCUUUAUUUUUCUUAUUUUAUUUAAUGCCACGUGUUUGGGACAGGUUCAGGUUUUAUAAAUCUGAUUUUUAAUCAAAAACUGUGUUCCUUUGUUGAUUUAUAGCACUGUGGUUCAGAUUUAGAAUUGCUUCUAAAUACUACAUGGACUAAAUCUGCCAGCUUUUUCCCUGAUGUUGUGACGUGACUACAGUAAAAAUGCAGAGAAAAUACUGGAAGAACUGCUGGUGUUUGUCCAGGCGAUUAAAUGUUUAGGAUCUAUUUACAAAAUCGGUAUUCGACACUGUUGUGCAUUAUUUUACCAAAUCUGGCUAAAUUUGACGUAUGAAAUUUGACACUUUCAGAUUCAAAUCCCAGCUGACAACACAGAUUUAUGUCAUUCAUACUGUUGUGUUUUAACCAACAGAUCUGUGGUGCAUUUCCAUAUAUGGAUCUGGCCGGACUUGGCUUGACUCUUCUCUACUCAGUUUUAGUGUCAGGCAUUUUGUUUUUUUAAAUGUAGUCUGUUUAUUGGUAGUACCUCUCACAUAGUCAACAACAUCCAGCUCAACAGUAAGGACGAACUCCUGCUGCAUUUCCACCAGAUGGUCCAGUUUAAUGGGGUAUGGUUUGGUAUGGUAAACCCAAAAUAGCUUGUACAGACACUCCUACCCUCACUGGAUGGGUGGACUGUAGAGGGUUGCAUAUGAUAUCACAGGCAGUGCGAGUCUCUGUCAUUCAAACCAUUGGGUGGCAGAAAGGGUGAGCUGGUACUAGACUAUUAAUGUUGUUCAGUGUGGUCAGCACAGAUCCUCAACUAAUGGAAAAAUGCUUGCAGCUACAACAGUAGCUUAUUGGAGACACUAGAUGAAGCUGGGCUAUUACAGUAGCUACGACAAGCAUUCAUUUAGUGAUUAAUGUAAACUUCAAUUCAUUCCCAUUCCUCUUAUCUCAAAGCAAAAUUAAGACCUUAAAUUUCAGUAAACCAACCAUAUGGUAAAGUAAUAUCUGAAUCUAAUAUCUGUAUACUUACCACAGAUUAAAUAAAUUAGCCUUUGUAAAUUUACAUGAUUUCUCUUUGGUGAAAUACUGAAGUUAUUCCCAUGAACGCGUCAUAAAGUGUAACCAAUGCUUUAACAGUUUAUAAGACCCAAUACCCAGUAUUUAAGUUAAGAGCUGUACCAUGUGAAUUUGUUACAUCUAAUAUAAAAUUAAGGUUUAACUGGGGUUAAAAAUUUAACUAGAUUAACACACAUUUCUGUAUUAAGAUUUAAUAACAAUAGAGUAUUCUUUUUAUAGAUUAGUAAAAAGAAGUAAAUGAAUCAUGGUAAUACUGAGAAUCAAUUUUGCUGAAGUGUGUCUUUAGGCUCUACUUUGUGUACUUAAAAUCAGGCCCAUAUAAUAUCAGGUAACUCAUUUUAUGACCACCUAUCAAUGUCUAUAGUCCACUGUGUCUUUAGGAAACAGCAUGGAUCCCUGUCAAGUUCAAAUAUCCCUAAUUUAAGAGGAAUUUAGUCCAUUUCUCUCCCAUUUUUACCCCCUCCUCAUAGAGCAGAGAGCUGUGUUUUGCAGAUCAGUUGAACAAUUGUGUUGUGUGUUGAAAGGGACUUUAGUGCAAACCCUCUAUUGUUUGUGUAGCUCCACCCUUUUGGGACAGAUAGGUAAGCUUGGCCCCUACAACAGGGGGCCAUAAAAGUAGGAAGGCCAGUUAUUUGGGACUGUUUCCAACUUUUAAUUAUGGGAACACAAAUAAACAUGUAAGUACAUUAGAGUUUGAGAAGUCAAACCGCAGUAUGGAGAAAACAAGGAGAAGGGUUUGAUUCCCUUGUCUAGUGGUCAGUAGUGUCUUGACAUCACAUUUCAGUAUCAGAUCAGCUUCACUGGAGCUUUGCCAUAGGUGAUACUAAAAACAUUAGCAAAUACCAGGUACGAAAUUACAUAAUUUUUAAAUGACAACGGAAAACCAACAAAGAGUAUGUCAAGAUGAGUCGAGCCAGUACCAAACAGUGGAAAAGCACCAUCAGAGGGAUGUUGUUAGCUCAUACAGUACUGUGCAGAAGUUUUAGGCAUGUAGAGCGCUAACGGUUCUUCACAGAUCCUGAUGUUCCACAACCCCGGGCUGAAAAGAGGAGGGUGGGCGGCCAGAGUCAGUGACGACACAUUUGACAUGUAUGUGUGUAGCUCAGCAGCCAAGGUCAAGCUUAACAGCAUUUCUUUUGUCCGGGCCUUUGAACCCCUGGUAAUAAACCCAGCAA